AUGGCCAUGAUCAUGCCUGCGACCGAGAAUCAAGAGGCCAUGGCCUCGGGGUCGCGUGAGCUCAUGAGCUGCUUCUGGGACUUGGCUGACCUGGCCGUCAGCACCCGUCUCAAUGCUGCCGCCCGCCUCUUGGCCAUCCUCGUGGACAGCCAAAAGGGUCUCGCGGCCGCUUCCGACGGUCCCGACGCCCAAACUGCAGAUGAUGAGACUGAAUCCAUCUUUGCUGGCCCCGCCAUCAGCGAGGACCUGCGUUACAGCCUCAAGCGUCUCAUUCGCGGCCUGGCCUCCUCCCGAAAGGGUGCUCGCCAAGGCUUUGCGGCAGCCCUUCACAUCCUGCUCCAACAGUUUGCCGACAUUGUCCGCCCCCAGGAUAUUCUCUCCCUCCUGCAGCAGACUUCGACCAUUUCCGGUGGUAUGAAGGGCAACGAGCAGCGCGAUCAUUUCUUUGGCCGCCUCUUCGGCCUCACCAUCCUGGCGGAUGUUGUGGCUGAAGGUCGCUUUGGUGAUGCCGUCGACCCCGAGUUGCACAGCGCCAUCUAUCAGCAACUCUUGGAGCUCGCCACAUCAAAGAGCUAUCUUGAAGCUGGCGCUGUCCAUGCCUGCUGCCGCCUCUUGCCUUCGCUGGAUGCCUUUGCACAACCCCAGGAGAAAGAUCACGCUUCCCCGCUUGUUGUGGCCCAACUCUUGGCCUUGGCCCCCCUCUUACGCGCCAAGAAGAAGAAUGCCGCUCUCAAGCUUCCUGAACACCUUGCUGCCCUUUGGGCCGAUGGCAAGCUAUUUGCAGAUUGGCAGCAACUUACUGAUGUUCUGCUCGCCACGGCCCCAGAGCACCCCAUGAUUCAAUACUUGGCUGCUCUGUUGGCUGUCCAGGACAACGCCCACCUCCGUGAGGCCUGGAAGGCGCUGAUCGAGACAGGCGCUUUUGAACCUGAUACUUCCAGCCCCCAGCGCAAAGCAACCGGCUUUGCCCUCUUUUCUGCCCUCGUUGACCGCGCCACGCUCCAGCAGGAACGCACAACGGUUCUUGAGCAGAUGCUGGCACUCGUUCGCUCCUACAGUGGCGAGGCCAAAGCAGAUUGGAUGACGCAGCUCGCUCGUUUUUGCCUUGUGCAAGCCUUUUUCAACGUGACCUCGGGUGGGGAAUUUGUUGAGCCCACCCCCGCCCUCGCGGACAGCAUGCGCACUGUCUGCCAGGAGCGCUUCCAAGCCAUCUUGGUGGCCCUUGGCACUAAGACCGCUGCCGCUGGACGCGACAAAGGUGCAGCACGGCAGUUGGAGCUUAGCUCCCUGGAUGACGUUGUGCGUGGUGCGCGUGAACUUCUCGAUGAUGAGCACUUGACCCUGUGCAAGCCCUGGGAUGCGUCUGUGCGCGCUGCUUUUGACCAGGCCUUUGCAAUGGCGUCCGAGUCGGCAACCCCAGCAACGACACCCUCAAAGAAAAAGAAAAAGACCAAGAAGACAGCGACAGCUCCUGCUGAGAGCAAACAGCAGAAUGCUGUGCGCCAAGCGUUCCGCCUUCUGCACUACCACACUUGCUUGCUGACCGUGGCUGAAGAUGUGUCGCGCGCCGAGGCAAGCUUUCAGUUGCGUAUUCAAAAGGAUGAGAAGGCCGCCAAAACAAAUGAGGAUGAGCCUGAGGCUUCCGAGGUUGUGAUUGACGUUCUAUUGAGCUUGUUGUCGCGUGGCACCGUUGUGCUUCGCAAGCUGGCCGAGACCGUCUUCGCCGCCAUCUGCCCCUCGAUGACGAUUGGUGGUUUGGACAUGCUCUUUGAGGUUCUGGUGCAAAAGGAUGCAUCCCAGGAAGCCGAAGUACUUAUCGUUGUGGGUUUCGUGCCGAUUGACUCAGACGAGGAAGAAGAAGAAGAGGAGGAGCAUCACGCUAAGCGCGCCAAGCGCGUUGAAGGGCAGGAUAGCGAUGAGGAGGAGGAGGACGACGACGACGAGGAUGAUGACGACGAGGAUGAUGACGACGAUGAUGACGACGACUAUGACGAUGACGAUGAGGAUGAUGAAGUGGAUGAAGCUCUCAAAGCUCGCCUGCGCGAGGUGCUUGCGGUCCCCGAGGCCAUGGAUGAAUCAGGCGAGGACUCGGACUGGGACGAUGACCGCAUGUUUCAAGUCGAUGCCGCGCUGUCAGCCACAUUUCGCGAGCUGAAGCGCAAUACCAAGCAGGACAAGUCCCGUGAGACGGAAAGUGCCAUUCACUUCAAGCAGCGGGUUCUGCAGCUGGUGGAAAUUUUCAUCAAGCAACAACCAACCAAUCCCUUGGUGAUGGAAACCAUUCCUGGCUUACUCUCAACCUACAAUGCAAGCCAAGUCUACCGCGUGCGCGGCCGAGUCCUACAAGAGCGGGCACGCGGCCUUUUGCGUUCCAAGCUGUUUACGUCACGUCAAGUGCCACUCUUGGUGGACUCAGAGGAUGUCGGCCGAGCCAUGACUCUCUUGAACGAGCUCAUGGCUGUAUUGGGCAAGGCGCAAGAACGUGAAGUCAUUGACACGGCAACCCAGGGCAUGUACUACCUCCUCCGUGUGCUCAUGCACGGCGACCCCGCUCCUCUUGAUACUGAGCGCUUUCAGCAGGAUCUGAUCAACUUGCUUUCGCGGUUCACGAGCGCCAAGAUGUGCCAGCUGCAACCCAAAACUUUUGUGGAGCUCGGGCGGCGUUUCCCUGCUUUGGCUCUGUUGGGUGUUCCUUUUGUGUGCCAGCAAAUUGUGAACGGCAAGGUGCUAAACAAGUUCCGCACCGCGGGUGCCUACACUUUUCUGUCCGGUGUCUUUCAGCAAAAGCGGGUCAUGGUUCAGGCCAUCCGAGUGGCCAUCGAUGGCGCACUGGCUGGCCCUGUGGGCACAACCAGCGGCUUUGCUGGCAUCAAGAAUUCACUGAUGCAGGUGUGUCCUGGCUUUGCUUUUUCCGUGUGA